AUGGACGUAGAUGUCCAGCAGCCCCGUCGCAUGGGUUGGCCAAUGGAUUAUGUCUUUUUAGAUCGAGAACAAGUGAGCCAGGAUCAACGAUUGCAAUUGACAUCCAGUGGAUCGUCUCGAACGUGCACAGUGUUGAUCCCCUUCCCAGAUUCGUCAAGAAAAAAUUGCAGGAUACAGAUCGCGAGGAGAGAAAGAAGAGGGAAUCGGCUUCUACGACGCUGAGGAGGACAUUUGGUGGCCCACAUGGGUGCAUCCGUACAAGCCUUGGGCCAGAGGACCCGACAUGUGGGACAACAACAAAGAAACCAAGGGGGGACGAGCUUCACGUCAUGCCCAAAGACUACCGCCGGCGUGCAGCAGAAGACGAUAUUCUCAUUGUGCUGGAGGCAUUUGACAAUCUUCAAGAGUUCGAGUGGGUCACUCCGACGAUGCCCUUGCCACAAGCUUGUGCAAGUAGCCUGGGGACCAAGACCCGACUCCGCCGAGUCCAUUGCGAAGGAGAAAGCCAUGUCAUGGGUGAGUGCAAUGCAUCGACCAUGAGUGCCUCUCAAACUGCCUGCUUAAAGCUAUCCUUCGAUAUGACAGAUGCGUCGAUUUCCCCGUGUGGUGGCUAGCGGCCGCAUCGCCCGCUCUCCAAACCUUGUCACUCACUGAUGAGUGCUUCCGUCUCAAUGUGGCCAGAGAUCCCGCAUGGCUACGAAAUUGCGACGUAGACAGCGAUUCUGCUGUCUUUGGUGCAGCAUUGCAAGCGAACGACCCCCCUAUCGACGUCUUCCCCCGUGAUAGUGCACUCUUGCCAAAAGGCUGGGCAUGGCUCGAAGCGGACGAGGAAAUCACUUCGAAAGGGGAGGAGUAUCUUACUUGUGUCCUCCAGUCACGAGUCAAGACGCUGUUGACAGCCGUCUUCGUUGGUCACAUAGAGAGCUUCUCAACUGGAAGUCCUCAAAUCUUUGCACUUCGACGACUCUUUCCAAUCUGGAUGGCGCUCGAGCUAGUUGUUGGUCUACCUUACGGUCAGCGUCAUCCGAAGCCCAUGAUGUCGGAGUGCGCGGACUACCUCAAUCGGCUGCGCACGUCCCUACUACCCUGUGUCGCAGAAAUUCCGGCUAUUGCAAGACCUCAAGACGAUACGAGCAUAUCGGAGGAAGAUCUUGACGCUACGAUGACGCGCGUCGUCGAAUACUGCUGCGAUCCGGCAUCCGAGCCGAAGCUGGAUGCACAGGGACUCUAUACUUGUUUGCAAGUCGACGAUGAUACAUCUGGAGAGCCUAAAGGAGACGCCACUCGAGCCGCACCGACAGGGGCUCCGGUCAGACCAAGUGAGCCAGACUCUCCCAGCUCUACAUAUGAAUUAUGCGUGCCGCCAUUCAAGCGAUGGGUAGUAGAGGAUCCUGAGCUUGCACGCAAUGUGGUACGCGGUCUCCUGUACUUUCGCGGACAUUUAUCACAGAGAACGUAGGACGGUGGCUGCUCCAGUACAAUGACGCAUGCGUGUCAUAUCAUGGUUCUCCUGCGGCGCCUACCCACUAUCACUUCUAUUGGUUGUGCUAGGAAACGAAUGCAGGGGCACUGCUGCCGUGGAUAGCGUCGUGAAUCUGUACGCGCUCAGAGAGUCGGUAGCGCGCCCAGCGUGAGAUUCUGUCUCGCUGCUGGCAGUCAACUGCCAGGUUGCGCUGAUGUAGAACUGCCGCCGGACUUGGCAGCUGGUUGAUUUUGCAAAAAAAUGGGAAGGAAUGGAGAGGGCUGCGCUCGUAAUCAGAAGUUCAGUCACAAAUGCAGAAAACAAGGCGUACACGUGCGGCGCGGUGUACAUGCCGCGCGGUGUACGGUCGUGGAUAGGGACAAGGUGGGUGUCGUGAUUGGUGCGGCUCCAACUCCAGCCAGCUAAGCGCGUUCGAUCCGUCUCUUUCUCAGACUCGCGCAGAGGCGGUGCUGCUCGAGUCUGCGAAAAGUCAAGCCAGGUACAAUUGCAGAAGCGUAG